CACCUUAUUGGGCAGCCCUCACAGACCGGCGGCGUGGAGCCUCGGGGUCCUAGGCAAGGCACGCACGGGAGGAAGUGGCGCUAUCAGUCCGCGCGUCAGUCGUAUUCCCUUCAGCGUGGAGCCAUGGGAGGCCUGGAGAAGAAGAAGUAUGAACGAGGCUCUGCUACCAACUACAUCACCCGAAACAAAGCCCGGAAGAAGCUGCAGCUGAGCCUGCCCGACUUCAGGCGGCUGUGUAUCCUGAAGGGCAUUUAUCCCCAUGAACCCAAACACAAGAAGAAGGUUAACAAGGGCUCCACGGCAGCCCGGACUUUUUACCUCAUCAAAGACAUCAGGUUCCUCCUCCAUGAACCCAUUGUCAACAAGUUCCGGGAAUACAAGGUGUUCGUCCGGAAGCUGCGAAAGGCCUAUGGGAAGAGUGAGUGGAACACUGUGGAGCGUCUGAAGGACAACAAGCCCAACUACAAGCUUGACCACAUCGUCAAGGAGCGGUACCCCACGUUCAUAGACGCUCUGCGGGACCUGGACGACGCCCUGUCCAUGUGCUUCCUCUUCUCCACCUUUCCCCGCACCGGCAAGUGCCAUGUGCAGACCAUUCAGCUGUGCCGCCGGCUCACUGUGGAGUUCCUGCACUAUGUCAUCGCUGCCCGCGCCCUGCGCAAGGUCUUCCUGUCCAUCAAAGGCGUUUACUACCAGGCUGAGGUGCUGGGGCAGCCCAUUGUGUGGAUCACUCCCUAUGCCUUCUCCCACGACCACCCGACAGAUGUGGACUAUAGGGUCAUGGCCACCUUCACUGAGUUCUAUACCACCCUGCUGGGCUUCGUCAACUUCCGUCUCUACCAGUCACUCAACCUGCACUACCCACCCAAGCUCGAGAAUCAGGCCCACACAGAGGCAAAGGCCCGUGAGGACAGCUACGCGUUGGACUCUGAGAGCUCUAUGGAGAAACUGGCAGCCCUGAGCGCCAGCCUGGCCCGCGCGGUGUUGCCUGCAGAGGAGGAGGCCGAGGUGGACGAGUUCCCUGCUGAUGGGGAGAUGACGGGACAGGAGGAGGACCGCAGGAAGGAGCUGGAGGCACAGGAGAAGCAUAAGAAGCUCUUUGAGGGCCUGAAGUUCUUCCUGAACCGUGAGGUGCCCCGUGAGGCCCUUGCUUUUAUUAUUAGGAGUUUUGGAGGGGAUGUGUCCUGGGACAAGUCUCUGUGCAUCGGGGCCACCUACGACGUCACAGACUCCUGCAUCACCCACCAGAUUGUUGACCGGCCCGGGCAGCAGACCCCUGUCAUCGGCAGGUACUAUGUGCAGCCCCAGUGGGUGUUUGACUCUGUAAAUGCCCGGCUGCUCCUCCCCGUGGCAGACUACUUCCCUGGGGUGCAGCUGCCCCCACACCUUUCACCCUUCGUGUCAGAGAAGGAAGGAGAUUACGUGCCACCUGAGAAGCUGAAGUUGCUGGCCCUGCAGCGAGGAGAGCACCCAGGAAAUUUGAAUGAAUCUGAAGAGGAAGAUGAGGAAGACAAUGGUGGUGAUAGUGAUGAAGAGGGAGAAAACGAAGAGGAGGAGGAGGAAGAUGUGGAGGCUGGUUCAGAAAAGGAGGAAGAAGCCCGACUAACGGCCCUGGAGGAGCAGAGGAUGGAGGGGAAGAAGCCCAGGGUGAUGGCAGGCACCGUGAAGCUGGAGGACAAGCAGCGGCUCGCCCAGGAGGAGGAGAGUGAGGCUAAGCGCCUGGCCAUCAUGAUGAUGAAGAAGCGGGAGAAGUACCUCUACAACAAGAUCAUGUUUGGCAAGCGGCGCAAAAUCCGCGAGGCCAACAAACUAGCGGAGAAGCGGAAAGCCCACGAUGAGUCCGUGAGGUCUGAGAAGAAAGCAAAGAAGGCAAGGCCAGUGUGAGUGUGGCAGCCUCUUGAUAGAAAGGCCAGCUCCUGGCCGCUAGACUUGGCACAGGCAGGCCAGAGGACCCAGGCCGGGUGGCCGACCCAGAGUCUCUUCUGUUUUCCUCCCCCUCCGACUCCCGCCAGCCCCAGCUUCCUUUCAUUCUCUCUGGCUGGGCCCGUGGGCAGGCCUGGCCUCCCUUGGAUGGAGCUCUGCUUGUGGCUGGGCCGAGAAUAGGCCUCUGCCCAAACCGGCUAUCUCCUCCCAGGAGUCAGCGACAUCGAGAGGAGGGUCCCAGCCAGCGCUUCCCCAGCUGCUCCCAUUCAUCCUGGCUUUCUGUGGUCCCCCUCCCCGCCACACACACAUAGUUACACCCACGUUUCUCCUGGUGCUGUGAGGACGGGCUGGGGGAGGGUAGGAAAGCAUUUGUUAAUAAACGGCUGAAGUUUUGCAGCUAA